AUGGACCCGGAUGAGGUGCAGCCGCAAAUUCUUGGCGGCGACGAAGACAACAAAGAGCCUGAACAACGUCGCUCAACAGGCCGGGACUUUCUAGCCCCUUCUACUCCAAGCAAUGACCGCACCUUUUCUACUUCUGCUGCCUGCAAACAGGAGACUAAAGGCCGCUCCGCCAUGGACAAGAUUGUCGGGAGAAUCCGCCGUCCCUCCAACCCGGCCGCUGAUCCUGGUCAGCCGUCGCAUAGAGGGCCUCUGGAUAGGCUGAGUGGGCUGUUUGGCCGCCAUCAUGGCCGCAGUGAGCAACACCUGCAGUCACCGCCGUCCAUUGCAACGCAAGGUCCACGAGGCCAUAAAUCAAUGGACCGACUGCAUCUCUCUUCGUCGCAACCCUCGACGCCAGGCUACCCGCCUCAGCACGUCUCCUCGCCCGGCCACACCAGGCCCAGUUCGUCGCGCGACAACGCCCUCUUCCAGGGACAGCGUCCGCCGCCUGAGGGGUACUUUGCUCCAGAGUCCUUCGCUCGGUUCAGGGAGACACAGGACACCAACAUCCCCCUGGCCCACCAGGUCAGCGCCGAAACCAUCCCCCGCCAUAGCGGCAGCGGUCGAAGCCGGGGAAGUGGGAGCGCCGCCAGCAGUCUCCCGCCCAACUCUCCACGACAUCCCCCAAGAAGCCCUCCCCUCCCUCACGCCCGGCCAUACCACCCACCGCAAUCGCCGCCGCAACCGCAAUAUCCCGCCCACCUCGCAUCCCCGCUCCCUUCCCCGGUCCCGCGCACGCCGCCCUCUCGCGGCCGCAGCGAAGAACGCACCUACGCCCAGGAACUCCACCUCCGCUCCCGCAGCCCCAAGACCUUUGCCCCGCGUCCCGAAGAACGCCACAUCCCCAGCACCGACAUCACCGACCCAGCCCAUAAUUUGGGCACGUUCCGCUCGUCGAACCCGCGCACCAGCCGCAUCGGCGACCAGGAAAGCCCGUGGAAACUGACCCUGCCCGGCGACGACGACGAUGACACCGAGUCUGGCACCCUCGCCUCCUGGCGCCGCCACACCACCGGCGGUGCGGUGCCCACCGCCGCUGCCGAGGACGACCGACUGCCCACCUACGAGGAAGACUCGGAGAACCAUCCGCCGCCGGCGAUGCCCGUCUCCGAUGAGAAGCGCGCCUCGACAUCGCUCGUCCCCGGGGGAGGUGGGCAGCAGCAGCAGCAGCAGUCGCAGUAUGAACAUCCGACCCGCGGCCACGGCCGGUCGGUCAACACCUCCGGGUCGCCGGUGGAGCUGCCAGUGCGCGCGGACGACGACUCCAGUGAGGAGAUCACCAUGUCGAGCACGGCAUAUCCGGGGCAGGAGUGGAAACCUCUGGGGUAUUCGGGGUGGGAGGGAUGA